CAACAAAACCCUAACUCCCUCACCCAAGCACACAUCGCCCAAAACAAACCCUAGCCACUCCGCCUCUCAACGCCGCAGCAACCAUGGGACGAGUCCGCACCAAGACAGUGAAGAAAUCAUCUCGCCAGGUAAUCGAGAAAUACUACUCCAAAAUGACCCUCGAUUUCCACACCAACAAGAAGAUUCUGGAAGAAGUGGCCAUCAUCCCAUCCAAGCGUCUCCGCAACAAGAUCGCCGGCUUCUCCACCCACUUGAUGAAGCGCAUUCAGAAAGGGCCUGUUCGAGGAAUCUCGCUGAAGCUCCAGGAGGAAGAGAGGGAGAGGCGCAUGGACUUCGUGCCUGAUGAGUCAGCAAUCAGGACUGAUAGGAUCGAGGUUGAUAAGGAGACUAUUGACUUGUUGGCUUCGCUUGGGAUGAGUGAGCUUCCGGGGAUUGUGCUUAAGGAGGAACAGGCGCCGGUGGCUGCGAUGCCGUAUGCUGCUGCGGGUGGCCGCGGUGGUUUCGGUGGCGGUCCCAGGAGGUAUUGAUGAGGGAAGUUUAAGUGUUUGGUAUUUUAUUAAGUUUUGUAAGGUCGGAGACGUUUUCGAUUAUGAUAGUUUUGUUUUUGUUGAUGGAUGUUAUUCGGAUUAAAUGACUGUUUCGAAUGCUCAAGUUUGGAUUAAUGUUUCGUGUUUUUUGUUGGAUUA